UGGGAAAUACAAUUGUUGGUAGGUCCAGUUUUAAAGUACGUGAAGUGGUCGUUUCACAGGAGAGUUUCUGUAACCUUCAGAACAAAUAACACACAUUUAUACAAACCAAUGGAAAACAACGGAACAGACGGAAAGUGUGUUAAAUAUUAUCGUUUGUCAGAGGUCGAGGAACGAAACUCUUUUAAAAGCACAUGGAUUAUUAUUCAUAAUAAAGUGUACGACGUCACUAAGUUUCUCGAGGAGCACCCCGGAGGAGAGGAGGUGCUGCGGGAGCAGGCGGGUGGAGACGCCACUGAGAGUUUUGAAGAUGUCGGCCACUCGACAGAUGCACGCGAGAUGGCCAGUUCUAUGCUCAUAGGAGAACUGCAUCCAGAAGACAGGGACAAGCUUGCCAAACCACCAGAGUCACUCGUAACAACCGUACAAGAAACAACAAGCUGGUGGUCAAACUGGUUGAUACCUGCUGUCGCCGCGGUAAUUGUCACGUUGAUGUACCGUAUAUACACCGCAGAGGAGGCAUGAUGGGCUCAGUGGAAACUACAGUUCCCAUAAUCCAUUUCAGGUUUUUCAUUACCAUAAAGAUUCUACUAAUGAAGGCAACUUUUCUGUUAGUUUCAAUGUUUGUUGUCACGUAUAUCCCUUUGGGAUUUAAUUACUGAUAUGCAGAUGUUUUUAUGAUAUAUGAAAGUAUAUUUUAGAUCUACUUUGAGCAUUAUAAAUAUGUACGUUAAAGAUGAAGUUUUGAUUGUCUAAUUGUUUUUUCUGUUGUGUAACAGAAUAAUCCAGUUGAAAUAUGCAGGCUGAAAUGUGGAAUAUACUGAAUAUUAUCACAUUCAUAAACACAACAGUUUGUUCCUCAAAGAAAUAAUUUAAUUUCACUUGAAAUGCAUAAUUUUCACAUGCAAGUUAUUGCUACUUGGACCAGAGAGAAAUGAUACAAAUUUUUUUAGAUCUCAGAAAAUGAAUGAAUAAAUCAAGUUGAUAUUGUUUGUUUAUUAAAAUGCAAAAUGUGAUAA